AUGUAGGAGUUCAAAAUUUCUAAAGUAGUAUCCACUUAAUUAGAAGUUGGAGAGAUUUGUGAAUGGGCACAUAUAUCAGCUGAUUAACCUACUCUAGAAAAUGAUUCUGAUAUUGACAAUAAAUAGAUAUUCUAAUUGAAGUGCGAUCAAUUUGUUAUAGCUUCAUAAAAACUUAAUGAUAGAUUUCAUAGAAAAGAAAAUAAACUAAUUAAGCUCAAUGGAAAUCUAGUGAAUAAUUUAAAAGGAAAAGCUUCUAUUAUAGCAUUAUAAAACAAUUAAAAUAAAAAUGAAAAAUAAAGAGAAGAAAAACAAGAUUAUAGUGAUGAUGAAUAUAAUUAAGCUUAGAUAGGCAAAGGAGAAGAAAGUCCUGAUAAAAAAGUCUUUAGAUUGUCAGAAAACUAUAUUCAUAAAAAUGAAAAAGAAUUUGAAAACGGAAAAAGAAAUAGAAUUGUUGAAGUAUAAUUAAAGAAAAUUGAAAUUUAAUAAAUUAGUUUCAUAGAAACAUGGGAUUAAUUAAAAAGAUCAUAAGAUAUCAAAGAACAAAUAUAAUUUUUAGAACAUACAAGCUCUUUAUUUGUAAAAUUAAUUGGCUGUUUUAGUGUACAUUUGAAAAAUAAAAGAUUGAUUAAUGAAAAAAAUUAAGUAUUAUCCAUCUAAACAAGGUUUGUAUUAUGGCAGAGACAUCUUUUAAUGAUAAUAAUGACUAUCAUUUCAGAAUGCUUUAUACAAUAUAUUGUUAAUUAAUGACAACAGAUUAUUGUUUAAGAUAUGGAUAUCAUUGGGAAAUGAUUGGGUUUUAAGGUACAGAUCCAGCCACAGAUCUUCGAAAUACUGGAAUUUUGGGGUUAGUUUAAAUGUUAGCAUUUAUUUCAGAUUAUAAAUUAUAUGUUAAGAGUGCAUUAAACACACUAUCAAAGAUGAAUAUUCCAUUCUGUAUAACAUUAAUAAAUAUAACAUCUUUUGUUUUAGUGAGUUUGAGAGAUAAUAAAUUAAAUUAUCUCAUUAAUCAGGAAGACUCUGUUAUUAGUGUGAUCAACAAGCUUUAUUUUGCUGGUUUCCAUUUGUUGAUAAAAGCCCUUAAAAAGUAUUAAUUAUUACUAAUUUCUUAGAGAAAAAAUUUAAUUUAACAAAAUUGGAGUUCUGUUGACAAAUGUACGUAAAUAAAUACAUGAAUAUCCACAGAAACUAAUAUAAUAGUUUCAACAUGAUAUUUAAUUAUUUUAUAAGCUUAAUGAUAAAUGA